AUGGACCCAAGCGCUCCUCCAAAGGAAUGGCCAGAUGAGAAGUCCUCCAUGGCCCAGGCGCCUCCGCCACCCUACCAGGACAAUCAAAACCUGGGUUACCCCCAGCCUGGGCCGGGAUACCCCCAGCCGGGACCGGGUUUUUAUUCUCGUGCCCAGGAGUCAGUUUAUCCGCCACCAUACGGCGGACAGCAGCAAUACACGGCGGGUCAACAAUACCCACCCCAGGCCGGCAUGGUCACCAUCCAGCCCACGGUGCUGGUGACCAGGGCGCCGCUGGAGACCCCCGUCAAUGACUACAUGUGCUACUCCAUCUUCACCAUGCUGUGCUGUUGCCUGCCCCUCGGAAUCGCCGCCCUCAUCUACUCAAUUAAUAACACCUCGGGAUUUGGCGGCCCCUUCUCCCUCUGGGCUGGAAGCUUCGCCACCAGCUGCGGGUCUGGCGGUUUAACCGUUGCUGGUGAGGAGUGGGUGGACGAGGACGGCGUCUUUGUUGCCGCGCAGCGGGAGGCUCAUAGGGGCGCCCGGCCUGGACAUCUCCUCUGGCCGCCACGCGGAGGACCCGGGUCUUUCCUGCUGGGUCCUGUUUUGGCCAGAUCGUUCUGUCACGACCCAUCGGAACGGAGGCCCGAGAAGCUAACCACAGUGGGGAUCAGCUGACGGCCGAGCGGAGCAGCCGCACUGCCAGAACACUGAACCACGUGGCCCUUGGACUCGGCAUCGGCGGUGUUGUCCUCGUUAUCGUCUACGUGGUGGUUCUGGUGUCCAUUGUGUCUCACUAAACUUGCUUCAGAAAUGUCCCAUUAUCUUAUGUUCCCAUUUCCAAAUACUACAUCAGGUCACUGCGGGCUUUCCAUGGAAGUCACCUGAUUGUCUAUUCGUCAAAAGAGAAAUGAAGGAUUUGAUCUGUUGUGCUUUGUUUGCAACUGGACAAAAUUCAAAUCAUCUAAAUAUUUCUAUUGCUAUUUGAGCUACCGGUAGUUCAAAUGUGAACUCCUUUCUGACAAGUUUCCCAGGUGUUUGGUGUCAAAAUAUUGUUUGAUAUCCAAGAUAAUCUUACACAAGGUGCCAAUAAGCAACCGAGCUUUCAAAAUGAAUUUCAAAGGUAGUAGAAUGAACAUACAUUAUCGUCUUUCAUAUCUAUUAUGGGCCAGUCGCCUCAAAAAUACAAAAAAGUAGCCUAAAGAGUAAAGUGCUUCUAGAGGGAAAGAAAUUAUUCAUAGUUCUGAUAAAACUGCCCCUUGAGCAUCCUCCUUUCUCAUCAUCAAUGGCUGCCAUUGUUUGUGGCUACAUUUUGCCCUUCGGCUCAGACUCACAAAUUCAACUUGAAUAUAGCUGAUAAUUACUUCCUCGGAAAAAAAUCGUGUUUUCAGUCAUGUGUGGUGACGGGAUGACACAAAAUAAUUGAUUUUCACAAAACAGCAUGGAUGGGGGGUCUGGCAAGUUACAAUGAAAGACCCAUUACACUUUUGGAAGAGGAAUUGAAAUUCUCCCUUCAGGGCUAUUAAUCCAUCCAUCUAUUUUCUGAGCCGCUUAACCUCACAAGGGUCGCAGGAGUGCUGAAGCCUAUUCUAGCUGUCAACGAUCAAGAGGCAGGGUACACCCUGAAGUGGUUGCCAGCAAAUUGCAGCUGUUUAUCAAUAUAAUAUCUAAUUUGAUGAUUGAUGAAUUUGAUGAUUGAUUUCUAUUUCUGGCAGCAUGGCGGAUCAGCUGUAAAAGCAUUGCCCUCACAGUUCUCCUGUGUGGAGUUUGCAUGUUCUCCCCGUGCCUGCGUGGGUUUUCUCCGGGCACUCCAGUUUACUCCUACAUCCCAAAAACAUGCAACAUUAAUUGGGCACUCUAAAUUGCCCCAAGGUGUGAUUGUGGGUCCGACUGUUGUCUGUCUCCAUGUGCCCUCCGAUUGGCUGGCAACCAGUUCACAGGUGUACCCCACCUCCUGCCCAAAGACAGCUGGGAUAGGUUCCAGCACUCCCGCGACCCUCGUGAGGAUAAGUGGUUAGCUUCUCGGGCCUAGAGUCAAGAAAAUACACAUCAACUUUCAUAUUUGUGAAAUGAAAUCUGAGGAUUAAUGCAAUAUCCUUCAUAUCCAUCUUCAGUUUACUGUACAAGUUCAGCAUUUGUGCUUACUAGAUGGAUGGAUUUCUAUUUCUUGCCACUCCCCUCCACAAGUUUAAUUGAAAUCAGUUGUGUAUUUUUUUCCUGCACUUUGGCCUUGGUUGAGGUCUCAAGAAUAAAAGGGAUUGAUUCCAGGUGGUCUUUCCGUGUAUUAAAAUUACUGCCCAAGACUUCCUUCCCCCUUCCAAAAAUGUAUACGAUUUGUAUUAUCUCCUGCUUGACUGUUCUGCAUUUGAUGCCUUAAAAGUUGCCUACUGUCCAGACGUCAGAAAUUCUGUUUAGAUUUUUUUUCCACUUGGCUUUUGCAUGUGUCUAUGAUUACUAACCCUCAGAAAUGUAUGCUUUUUCUAUCAUGUCAUGAAAACUAACCAAAGAAUUUCCAGGAGGAGAGAUGCAUAUGAUGUCAUCUCCUCCAAUUAUUGGUGUCAAAAAUGUUUUUUGUGUGUGAGGCCAAAUAGGGUCACAAAAUCAGUAAUUUGGCAAUAGCCAAUCCAACUUGAUGGUUACAAGGUUAUGCAAUGUAUCCUUGCAGAGUGUCUAUGUUCUUCUUUCAUCCAAAGCUGAAAAAGCCAGUCUGUGCUUAGUAACAAAUUUUAUAAAUAAAGUUGCACAUAUCUGGAAAAAAACAAUACAA